GUAUUUCAUUAUUUCCUCUUGACUCUAUGUCUCUAUCCAUUUCUUGUGAAUUAAACCAGAAGGAGGACAACUAGAAUGAGCACAGUGAAAGGAGUGGCAGUCAUCUCCGGCGCCAAUAACACCAUCAACGGCUCUCUCCACUUCAUCCAAAACUCCAAUGGGGUAACUCAUGUUAAAGGAAGAAUUACAGGCCUCACUCCUGGUCUUCAUGGUUUCCAUAUUCAUUCUCUUGGUGAUACCACUAAUGGUUGCAACUCCACUGGGCCUCAUUAUAAUCCGUUGAAGAAGGAUCAUGGAGCUCCAUUUGAUUCAGAGAGACAUGCGGGUGACCUGGGAAACAUUGUUGCAAACAGUGAUGGGGUUGCUGAGGUUUCAAUUAUUGAUUCCGAGAUACCACUUAGUGGGCAACACUCAAUUCUUGGGAGGGCUAUUGUGGUGCAUGCUGAUCCAGAUGAUCUAGGAAGAGGUGGACAUGAACUCAGCAAAACAACAGGGAAUGCUGGUGCUAGAGUAGGAUGUGGUGUAAUUGGGCUGCAAUCGUCUGUAUAGUUCUUUUGCUGAACUAUUUGAUGGAAAACGUGAACGAUGUGAUGUAUGGUUUCGUUCUUAUAUUAUGUUGUUAACUAUACAAGGUUAAGGACUGUACAUUUUACUUGUUGAAUUGAAUGUCGAUGAAGUUCUUGUGGUUAGGAACCUGUGAGUUCAGCCCUGGUGAGAUACUGAGAUACAAGGAACAAUAAAAGUACCUCCUCAAGAGUUGUUCUCACAGAGAUUUUACUGUAGAACAUACGAACGAGCAUGCUUAGUAACGAACAAAUCAGAAACUUUCUAAUCAUACGUAUAUAUUUAACAGAAUAUUGAAGCUAAA